AUGAGCAGCCGCCGCCACCUCUCGGCGGCGGCGGCGCCGCUGGAUGACGAAAACCUACUCCCCGAGAUCCUCCUCCGCCUCCCGCCGCAGUCCUCCUCCCUGCCCCGUGCCUCGCUCGUCUGCAAGCGCUGGCGCAGCCUCGCCUCCGACCCCGGCUUCCUCCGCCGCUUCCGGAUCCACCACCGCCGCAACCCUCCCCUCCUCGGUUGCUUCGUCCAAGAACUUCACGGUAUCUCCUUCCUACCUGCUCUCGAGGCCCCCAACCGUGUCCCUCCUGGCCGCCUCUCUUUGGAGGCCGCCCACCUGUGCCGCUUUAGGCUACUAAACUGCCGCCAUGGCCUCGUGCUCAUCUACGAUGGUACGAGGCACCAAUUCCUCGUGUGGGACCCCAUCACCGGCGACCAGCACCACCUAGCCAUCCCCGCGCCGUUCGACAAGGCAGCGGGGAUCCUGAUCAACGGGGCGGUGCUUCGUGCUGUGGGGGACAUCCACCACUUCCGUGUGGUCUGUAUUGCAACACGCGGAUUCAGCAUGCCAGAUGGAGAAGCAGCGCUCGCUUGCGUAUACUCGUCGGAGACCGGCAUGUGGGGUAACCUCAUCUCGACGACGAUUCCGUCCGGCCUCGACUCUCGUCUCUACUACAUAUUUGACAUCACAGUUUCCAUUGUGCCGAUGCUGGUUGGGCACUACCUUUACUGGACUCUUACUGAUUGUUCAUCAAUCAUCCUUUAGUUUGAUCUCGAGAAGCAGAGUCUAGCUUUGAUAAGGAUGCCUGAUUUUGCGUAUGAAGCUCACAUCACGGUUAUAAGGGCAGAUGGUGGUGGGCUGGGUUUCCUCUUUGUGGCAGAUUACACAAUUCAAUUAUGGAAGCGAAAGAUCAGUUGCAAUGGUGUUGCCUCAUGGUGGCUGGAAAAAACUAUUGAACUGGACAAACUACUUUCCCUUAAUCCAAAGAAGGGCAGCAUUAUGGUACUAGGGUUUGCUGAGGAAAAUAAUAUGGUGUUCCUGCGGACAUUUAUUGGCCUCUUUGCACUCCAGCUUCAGUCAUUGCAGUUCAAAAAGCUAUCCAAAACCGAAAGUAUAUCUCACUGCCAUCCAUUUGAAAGUGUGUAUACUGCAGAUGUUGGCGGUGAACAUGGUCGAUCUGAACUUUUGAACAAUGCAUAAGGUGACUGCCUGAUCAGAUACACUAUCAUGAUAUAUUGGUUGAUCAGGUACCUGGAUCUGGUAGCUGAGAUGCAGAAACGGCUUGUUUGCUGUAGGUUCUGUGCACCAUGUACUGGUCAGCGCUGUAGUGGACUUGUAGGAAUUAAUUUGAACAUUUUGUUCGCUCAUGACUAUAAUGUAAUAUGAAAAUUGUGUUAAUUCACGCAUGCCAUGUAUUUUCUGUAAAAGUUAGUCAAUUGACACGAAGACGUAGUGACUUGCUUGGAUUAAUUAGAUCCAUGAUGUCUCAUGUGUGUGUGAGCUGAAUUUUUAUCUGCUUCUCAUAGUGUCAGUAAUGAAUGUUCAGUUAUUCUGCUUUCUUUC